CCGAAGUUUAACAGUCCGGGCGGGAGCCGGAAGCCCAGCGCCGGAGCGGGCCGCGCGGUGGCCCCCGGUGUACCGCGGCUGAGAGACGCUGUCCCUAAAUUCGGGGUUGGCUGUGUUUUGCCGCCUUGUGUCCUGACAACUCACUUUGAUGGGACCUUCUUUGAGAGACUGAGUAAUGCCUCUCCCUUAAAGGUGCUCAGUUCUCAGAAGAGUGAGGUGCAGUCAUGCAGGAAAACCUCAGAUUUGCUUCAUCUGGAGAUGAUAUUAAAAUAUGGGAUGCUGCUUCUAUGACAUUGGUGGAUAAAUUCAGCCCACACACAUCACCACAUGGAAUCAGCUCAAUGUGUUGGAGCACUAAUAAUAACUUUCUCGUGACAGCGUCUUCCAGUGGCGACAAAAUUGUUGUUUCACAUUACAAAAAUAAACCUUUUUUACUUUUCGAGCUUGGUGAAGGGCAAAAGCAAACAUGUGUCAGUUUAAAUUCCACAUCUAUGUAUUUGGUAAGUGGAGGCCUAAAUCACACUGUUAACAUUUGGGAUUUAAAAUCAAAAAGAGUUCAUCGAUCUCUUAAGGAUCAUAAAGAUGAAGUAACUUGUGUCACAUAUAAUUGGAAUGAUUGCUACAUUGCUUCUGGAUCUCUCAGUGGUGAAAUUAUUUUGCACAGUGUAACCACUAAUUUAUCUGGUACUCCUUUUGGCCAUGGCAGUAACCAGUCUGUUCGGCACCUGAAGUACUCCUUGUUUAAGAAAUCACUACUGGGCAGUGUUUCAGAUAAUGGAAUAGUAACUCUCUGGGAUGUGAAUAGUCAGAGUCCAUACCAUAACUUUGACAGUACGCAUAAAGCUCCAGCUUCGGGCAUCUGUUUUUCUCCUGUCAAUGAAUUGCUAUUUGUGACUAUAGGCUUGGAUAAAAGAAUCAUUCUCUACGACACUUCAAGUAAGAAGCUAGUGAAAACUUUAGUGGCCGACACCCCUCUAACUGCAGUAGACUUCAUGCCUGAUGGAGCCACUUUGGCUAUUGGAUCUUCCCGGGGGAAGAUAUAUCAAUAUGAUUUAAGGAUGUUGAAAUCACCCGUUAAAACCAUCAGUGCUCACAAGACAUCUGUGCGAUGUAUAGCAUUUCAGUACUCCACUGCUCUUUCUAAGUCAAGUUUAAAUAAAGGCUGUUCAAAUAAGCCCACAGCUGUGAACAAACGAGCCAUUAAUGUGAGUGCUACGAGUGGAGGAGUUCAGAAUUCUGGAAUCAUCAGGGAAGCAGCCACCACUCCCAUUGGCACGGAUCUACCACAGCCCAUGACAAUAGCCGGGGGGAAAGGAGCAGUUGCUGUUCAAGACAAAGCAGGUUUGCCUCGAAGCAUAAACACUGAUAUUAUAUCUAAGGAAACGGACAGUGGGAAAAAUCAGGAUUUCUUCAGCUUUGAUGAUACCAGAAAAAGUAGUUUAGGUGACAUGUUCUCACCUAUCAGAGAUGAUGCUGUGGUUAACAAGGGAGGUGAUGAAUCCAUAGGCAAAGAUGGCCUUGAGUUUCUACCACAAUUGAAUUCAGUCCUUCCUCCAAGAAAAAAUCCAGUAGCUUCAAGCACUUCAGUAUUACAUUCUAGUCCUCUUAAUGUCUUUAAGGGAUCUCCAGGGAAAGAAGAAAAUGAAAAUCAUGAUCUGACAGCUGAAUCUAAGAAAAUAUAUCCGGGAAAACAGGAACCUAAGGACUCCCUCAAACAGUUUGCAAAGUUGAUUUCUGGUGCUGAAACUGGAAAUCUGAAUACCUCUCCGUCAUCUAACCAAACAAGAAGUCCUGAGAAGUUUGAAAAGCCAGAGAAAGAAAUUGAAGCUCAGUUCAUAUACGAACCCCCCCUCAUUGGAUCCUCAACUCCAAAUCCAAAGAUAGCAUCCUCUGUCACGGCUGGAGUUGCCAGUUCACUAUCAGAAAAAAUAGCUGAUACCAUCGGAAAUAAUCGGCCAAAUGCACCACUGACAUCUAUUCAAAUCCGUUUUAUUCAGAACAUGAUACAGGAGACAUUGGAUGACUUUAGAGAAGCAUGCCAUAGAGACAUUGUGAAUUUGCAAGUGGAGAUGAUUAAACAGUUUCACAUGCAAUUGAAUGAAAUGCACUCUUUGCUGGAAAGAUACUCAGUGAAUGAAGGUUUAGUGGCUGAAAUUGAAAGACUACGAGAAGAAAACAAAAGACUGCGGGCCCACUUUUGAAAUUUCAGUGAAUACCUUAAUGAUAAUUUGGGAAGCUUCUGGUGACAGAACUGCAUGGAAUCAGUAUUGUUUUCAUGGUCUCUGGGAAAAAAGUUUUUUUCAAGUAAAAUGGUGAUGGGAUUUUAUACCAACCACUAUUUCACCUUCUCUGUCAAAGAUAUUUAUAUUUUUAUAUUAAAAACUGUACAACAUGUCAUCUGUUUAACAGGAAAGUCAACAGGAUCUUUAAUUUCUGAAAGCUUUAGCUAUACACUAAGUGCCCUUUUCCGUAAGAAAUGAAAAUUGUGCGAAAAAAAUACGUUAUGUAUGUUUUUUAAUCACCUUUUUUAGCAAAUAAUAUUUUUGAUUGACAGUUGCCUUCCAAAUUUUUUUGGAUGUUUGAGGAUUAAAGAGUUUGAUACGCCUUCUAUUUUUAUGGUGAAAGCAAUUUUUAAAUGGCAGUUGGUAUUUCUAAGCAAUUGCCUAGUAAAACACAAGGUUGGUUAGUAAUUAUUUUAACUUGAUAAGGUC